AUGAAGAAGAAGCAUACCCCUAGGGCCUGGGUAGAUGAGCGGAGGAGAGGCUCUCAUAAGCGAUCGGCUUCCUGCGGCAGCACUGACCAGCUGAAAGAGAUUGCAAAAUUGCGACAACAGCUCCAGCGGAGCAAGCGCAGCAGCCGCCAUCGCCGGGACAAAGACCGCAAAUCCCCCUUUAAUGGCAACCAUGCCAUCAUCCAAUCACAGUCUCAGAUGCCUAAAACCAUCCUGAUUCCCAUCCCCAUCUCUAAGUCCACACCUCCCAGAUUUCGGAACAGCAUAGAGGGGCUCAACCAGGAGAUUGAACGCAUCAUCAUCCGGGACACUGUGGAGAGAGAUGAGAUCAUAGUACCACAGGACGUUCCUGAUGGGCACCGCGCGCCCCCGCCCCUCCCCCAGCGCAGCAGCAGCAUACGCAGUAUUGACACACAGACGCCCUCCAACGGCGGCCUCGGCAGUAACCGUAGCAACAGCAGCAGCCGGGCUGACUCUGUCUCACCGUCGUACCUCAGCAUCCUCAACGACACGGUCGGAAACAGCCCGCUCGAUGACACGCUCAACGAGAGCAAAGAAAGAGACCUAGGACCUUGGUCUCCUCUGCCCAAAUAUGCUUCAUCUCCAAAGCCCAACAACAGCUAUAUGUUCAAACGUGAGCCUCCGGAGGGCUGCGAGAGAGUUAAAGCUUUUGAAGAAAACCAGCCAAGGCCUCUCCAAGAGAUUCCUCCUUAUCUCUGCCCAGACAGAAACAAGGUGAACUUCAUUCCCAAAAGCGGCUCUGCUUUCUGCCUGGUGAGCAUCUUGAAGCCUCUGCUGCCCACCCAGGAGCUGAACUUCCGUAGCGGGGUGGGAUACCGCAGCAUCUCCCCGUCAUUGGUGCCUCUGGGUGGGGUCGCGGUGAGGAGCCUGUCCCCCUCCAUGGGUCCCGUCUUGUCCCGUGGACGUCAGUCACCAUGCCUCCCACGACAUCUUGAGGAGCCAGAAGGUUAAAACGGAACAGAGGAAUCUCAGCUGAUGAACAGAGAUGCCAUUUUUCCCACACUCCUGUAUCGUCUGAUAGAGUCAGAGCUUUGUUAGGAAUUUAUUCAAGAACCGGUUCUGAACAACUCCGAGAGAUAUCAGUCUGAAACUUGAACAUGAGUUUUUUUUUUUUUUUGUGUUCUAAGGGUAAUGGUUACAUGUUAAACGAGGAUCAAAAGGAGGUUUUCAAGAUGGUCUAUGUAUAUAGAUGAAACAUUUUUAGUAUUGCACUGCUUUUUACUUUCUCAACUAUUUAUUGCAUUUUACCAUGAAGCCUUUGAAUUUUCUUAUGUAUAGCUGCAUCCUUUAACCUAAACAAAAGUUUGGAAUAAUUAAGAUUUUUGAAAGAUGUCUCUUAAGC